CACCAACAGUGUGCGCUACACAAAUAGGCACAAGUGCGAUUUUUGUGUACUAGUGGACACUUCUAAAUCUACAAUGAUCGAAAACGACAAAAUGUGAAAUGGUCUCUUCCUGUGGGACAAAAUAAAAAACUUUAAUAUUUUAGGAAUAAAAAAAAUAAAAGCAAUAGGUAGGUCGCAUUAUAAAUUUUUUUUUGAAAAUUUCGAAGCAGCAAACAAAUGCAUAGACAACCCGGACUUACUCAAAAAUAAUAUGAGACCGUUCAUACCCAAAAGCAUGGUGGAAACCACCGGAGUAGCGAGGCAAAUUCCACUUAAUUUCACGGAACAGGAAAUAAAGAACAAUAUAGUUUCAGACAUACCGAUCACAUCAAUUACAAGGAUUACCAGAAGAGACCCUAAUGACAAAGAAAAAUUCAUCCCGACGUAGAUACUCUGUAAAGAUAGCCUUUGAAGGUAACGAGAUACCAGAAUCAAUUGAAAUAUUCUAUGUAAAGAUAAAAAUUGUCCAUUAUAUCCCAAGAAUUAGACACUGCUAUAACUGCGGAAGAUUAGGGCACACCAAAAUGGCGUGCAAAGCAGCAAACAGAUGUAUAGUUUGUGGUAAAGCAGAGGGCUGCAAUAGCAAAUGUAACCAGAACACAAAAUCAUGCAUACUAUGUGGAGGCGAUACCCACAACUCACUCGAAAGUAGCAAAUGCUCCGUAUGGGCAAAAGAAAAAAAGGUAGUAGAAAUAAUGACCAUUAAAAAGGUAUCCAAAUCAGAGGCAAUAGGGAUGUACAAUCUCAACAAUAAUAACAGAUUCUCUGCUUUAGACGAUUUUGAAGGGAACUUCCCUCAUUUAGAUACAAAAAAAACAGUAAUGAUCAAUAACGACGAAGUGGUUAACAAAAAACUCACUACUACCAAAUACAAUCAAGUCGUAAAGAAAAAUAUUCCACAAGUAUCCGCACCACCAAAGCCAACCUACAACGCCCCGAGAGUUAAAGCAAGCAUACAGCCUGUAUAUGAAAUGGCGAACUGGACUAAGGUAAAGUACACAUACAAGACAAAAUUUCAAUUAGCAAUGAUGACCAGUUCGAUCAAAAUAUUACAAUAUAACAUACAAAGCUUAAAAAGCAAUAAAAACUAUGUAGACCUUUUUAAUAGUAACAACAACAUUGAUAUAGUAUGCCUUCAGGAGAUUUUCUCACAUGACAACCAAACAACAAUUCAUAACCUAUUCAACUUCAACUUGCUUAGAAAAACCAGAACCGACGGCUACGGUGGUGUAGGAAUCGGAUUCAGAAAAGACAUCAGGCAUGGGGAGACAGAAUAUGCAACUCCAAAGGAAGCAUUAUUAUCAACGAAAUCAGCUAUACAAACCUUCAAUGCAUCAACAGCGGAACUAUUACCCACCGUACCGGAAACAGUGCCGGGUCUGUAAUAGACAUAACGUUCACAAAUAUUAAUAGCAGUUUGA